AUGGAGGAAACCGACUCCAUUCAAUCUGAAGGUUCAACAAACCAGGCUACAACACCAACGGAGACAUGGCGGCUAGCAAUCGUUAUUGUGUCUUUGUGUUGUGGAACUUUUCUGGUUGCUCUCGAUACUACUAUCAUCAGUGUCGCUGUGCCCAGUAUCUCCACUACAUUCCAGGCCUUUGAUGAUGUGGGUUGGUACGGCUCAGCCUAUCUUCUGACGGUCACAGCGUUUCAACCCGCCUUUGGCAACGUGUUCCAGCUCUUCGAUGCAAAGGCGACUUAUCUUGGUGUCGCCGUUCUGUUUGAAGCGGGAUCCGUACUAUGCGCUGCUAGUCCGAGCUCCACGGCCUUUAUUGUCGGUCGAGCAAUCACGGGGGUUGGUGCUGCUGGUCUAUAUCAAGGCGCUCUCAGCAUCGUUGGGCUGAGCGUCCCGUUAGAGCAACGGCCGAUGUACCUGGGAAUAGUGCUGAGCGUGUUCGGUAUCGCUGCAUGUUUGGGACCACCACUGGGAGGUAAUCUUACACAACAUGUGACCUGGCGCUGGUGUUUUUGGAUCAACCUACCCAUCGGUGGCGUGGCAAUCAUCCUGGUAUUAUUCUUCCUCAAGCUUCAGGACCGUCGAGCAAAACCAGAAGCCUCAAUUCUCGCGCGCCUCCGAUCCUUCGAUUACAUUGGAAUCACUUUGACUAUCGCCUGGGUGUCCUGUUUAAUACUCGCCAUGCAAUUUGGCAGCAGUUCUAGCAAAUGGCGCUCGUCCAAAGUGAUUGGUCUGUUUGUUGGCGCAGGCCUGCUUUUGAUCGCCUUUUUUCUCUCCCAAUGGUAUCAAGGGGAGCGUAGCACCGUUCCCCUUCGAGUUGCGCGCCAGCGCUCUGUGCUGAUGGGCGCUCUGUAUUCGUUUUUCCUAGAGAUCAGCAUCUACGUCACACUCUACUAUAUCCCAUUCUACUUCCAAUCCGCCCAACUUGUUUCCCCAACAGUUAGUGGUGUCCGGGGAAUCCCUCUGGGCGUCUCUCAAAUCGCUGGCGUUGUCCUUACAGGCGCCAUUGUGUCAAUGACAGGGCAUUACGUUCCAUUCAUGGUCCUGGGCCAAGUCAUCUCUAUCAUAGGCACCGCGUGCCUGACCAAGCUCGAAGUCGGCACCUCGACUGCAUUAUGGGCGACAUUUCUCGUCAUCGCCGGAGUCGGACAUGGUUUGGGAUUACAGAUGCCUUUCACAGCAGUCCAAGUCGUUCUAAACGACGACGAUAUACCAAUUGGUAAUGCAAUCACUGUUUUUUUCUCCCAACUCGGCGCCGCCAUAGCCGUCGCCAUCGGAGAAAGCAUUUUCGAAACGAGCGUUGCGCACCAAGUCCGCACCUCUCAUCUUCCCAUUGCUGCAGAGACCGUCAUCGCCGCUGGUCCGACCGGCCUACGGUCGCUAACCACUGAUGCGACCAUCCUCCGCGCGCUGCAAGAUGCUUACGCUUAUGGAAUUCGGGCGGUAAUGGACUUUGGGCUUGCGGCCGCAUGUCUGGCGGUCCCAUUCGCUCUGGCCAUGGAAUGGCGCAACGUUAAGAAAGAGGCGGCGAGCAAAAAAUUGGCGAAAGAGGCCGCGAAUGGGACGGAUAAUGAACAAGCGACGACUGAAAAGCAAAAGAAUGACUUGGAGGAGGGAAAGUAG